CAGUCCCCCCUACAGUACCGCACAGUUGGUUUGUCCCAGUAUAUAACUGAGAAUCUCGUCUUUUCUGCAAGUCAAAGUGAGUUUGCGCUCAGAGGCGGACUCGGAGCUCCGCGAUGGGCUGGACUUUAAAGGAUGCUCCGAUGAAUGCUGCCGUUGAGCGCAAACACCAGUAAAAUGCUGCCUUGGAAGAAGAAUAAGUUCGACUUGAUUGAGGAAGACAAGCAGACCAAGCAGAAGGGCUAUGCGGUGAGUCUCAACUACUCCGCGCUCACCUCCUUCGCCAAGUCCUGCCCCGAGAGCGCGCUCAGCCGCGUGGGCAGCAUGUUCAAGUCCAAGCGGAAAAAGGUCAAGAUCACCAGCGAGGACCCCACUUACACGGUGCUCUACCUGGGGAACGCCACCACCAUCCAGUCCAAAGGGGAGGGCUGCACGGACGUGGCAGUGAGCAAGAUCUGGGGCAAGAGCGAGAUGGGCAAGAACGGCACCAAGAUGAAGCUGACCAUCAGCUCGCAGGGCAUCCGGAUGGUGCACGUGGACGACAAGGCGAAGCGGCCGGGCCACCUGUACCUGCUGCACCGGGUGACGUACUGCGUGGCGGACCCGCGGCUCCCCAAGGUUUUCGCGUGGAUUUACAGGCACGAGAUGAAGCACAAAGCCGUGAUGCUGCGCUGCCACGCGGUGCUGGUGUCCAAGCCGGAGAAAGCCAAGGCGAUGGCGCUGCUGCUGUACCAGACCUCCGCCACCGCGCUGGCCGAGUUCAAGCGCCUGAAGCGCAGGGACGACGCCCGGCACCAGCAGCAGCAGCUGAUCGGCGAGCAGACCAUCCCGCUGGUGCCGCUCCGGAAGCUGCUGAACGGACAGUGCUACUACAAACCCCCCGUGGAGCGCAGCCGGAGCGCGCCCAAGCUGGGCUCCAUCACGGAGGACUCGGUAGGGGAGGAGGAGGAGGAGAAGGCGAUGCACUUCGAGUGCGAGGACAUUCUGGACACGGACCGGGACGUCGUGAGCAACGGUAAACACGAGCUCACGCAGAUCAUCAAUGACUUGGGAGAGAUGAGCAUAGGAAACGACGUGCAGACUCUGAAAGCUGACCUCAGGGUGACCAGACUCCUGUCUGGGGAGAGCACGGGGAGCGACUCCUCCAUAGAGAGCAACCAGGAGCCCCCACCGCUGAAUAAUAACGGCUUUGAGGAGGUGAAGGUGGUGGAAAUAGUCUGAACAGGUUUUAUUUUUUUAGUUUCUUUUAAUUUUUCCAUCUUCUUCAACUAUGUUGGAAAGUGUCAGAUCUGUGCCACACUACAUGUUUUAUUUUAAUUUGAAAUGCAAAUGUAUUUAACCUGCAAGUGAAUGCAUUUACACCCGAGACAACCAAAUCCUGGGGCGCCUCAGGGCACAGUGCUGUAAUACCUUCUUCUUUAUUUAAGAGGAUUUAUUGUAGCAUUAAGCUUGUUUACCUGACUUCUUUCCUCACUUGAAAUGGCUUUUUUUUCAUCCGUGUUUUUUUCGUUCGGUGAAUCUUUAAAAAGCACCUGUAAUUUCAUGGUCAGGGUGUAUUUGUAACACUCCGAUCCCUCAUUUGACAGUUAUUUUUGCACUGUUACCCUUGUACAUAUUUUCUUUUUUAACUUGUCGGUAUGUUGUCUGAAACAUAUGUCAUAUCUUUGCUGUGCAAAAGAAAGAGCAACGUUUUAUGUAAAAGAAGAUGUUUUAAUUAUAAAUGUUAUUUUUCAAUAAAAGACAAAAUGUGGUUUCAUAA